GUGUGCACAGCGGGAGUUCAAGCACAGAACCGUGCCUCCGCAGAAUCUGGCGCCACUGCAAAAUCCACAAAGGGUGGAUCUGCCUCUGCGUCUGUCAGUGCGACGGCUGUCAAUGGAGAAGUGAAGGCAUUCGUGGAAGCCAACGCUGAGGCUUACGCCGAGGCGGAGAGCGAGAUCGCCAAGGCCGUGGCCAAGGCCAUCGCCACCGCGGCUGAGGGCGGCGACGCCGACGCCGCUGCCAGUGCCGCGGCCACGGCCAUCGGCUGGGCCAUCGCCGGCGCUUACGCCUCGGCGUCCGUGUACAUAGAGUCCACGGGCGCGGACAACGAAGCGUGCGGAGAGGCGUCCGCGGAGGCCUUCGCCAUCGCCACCGCCUUUGCGCAGGCUUACGCCGAGGCCCUGGCGGAGUCGUGCGCCGCGUAUGUCUGCGGCAACGCCGACGCCGACGUCGAGGCUCUCGCUUCGGGAACCGCGGAGGCGUAUGCGGCUGCGACUGCUGCAGGCUGUGUGGAGGGCAGUGGAUCAGUGGACCUCGCGGCGGAUACCUGGGCGGAGUCGGUCGUGGAAGUGUAUGCCUCGGCGGUGGCAACUGCCGUUACCAGCGUUUCGGCUGGUUCCGCCACCGCCACUGCCACUGCCACUGGAACGUCCGACACCACGGAUAUGAACGAAGCCGGCAGCACCUCCAAUGCGGCUGUGGAGGGCACCGCUUCAGGCACCGCUGGCGGCGUUGCGGAGGCGAGCGCCAGCCAGAAUGUUCCAUGCGAAGGGGCAUUCAAGUUCUGUUGCAACAGCAGGUCCUCCAUCAGGAAGAAGAAAUGCCGCUGCCCCAAGCCGUAG